AAAAACUCUCCAGAUGAUUUGUGGAAAAGAAUAAGACCAAGACCAACAAAGAAUCAAUAUGCGGGUCAAUACUAUAUUUGUAAAGACGUUGAUCAAGGUAUGGAGUGCACAUAUUUAGGAAACUGUACAUUUGCAUACUGCCAAGAAGAAAUUGAUGUGUGGACUUUAGAGAGAAAAGGAACAUUCUGUAGAGAUACACUCUUUGGAGGAAGCAGAAAAGUUAACCUAACAAUCCCUCAUCUACUGCAGGAGCACUCAGGGACUUUUGUCUUUCUUUGUGAGAAAUGUUUUGACCACAAACCCAGAAUGAUUAGCCAGCAAAGUAAAGAAAAUCCAUUCACCUGCUCACAUUCUGUGUCUAAGCACACUUUUGAAGAAAACAAAUGCCUUGUUCACGUGUUCAAAGACACAAUUGUAAAGUACUGGAAGAUACGUCCUUUCAACAGUCAGGUUGUGCUUGAUCUUUGUCGUCAUGAGGUUCGCUAUGGAUGUUUAAGAGAAGAUGAGUGCUUCUAUGCCCAUAGCUUGGUGGAACUCAGGGUCUGGGUGAUUCAGAAUGAGACAGGAAUUUCAUUUGAAAAAAUUGUGCAAGAAUCUCAGAAAUAUUGGGCAAAUGAGUCCAGUGCACAUAAGCCUCAGCUUUUGAAUACGCAGAAUAAUCCUGAGUGUCCAAAUUUGAACAUUAAGUUUGUGUGUGGUCAGUGCUGGAGAAAUGGCCAAAUAAUUGAAGCAGACAAAAACAGAAAAUAUUGUAGCGCAAAGGCAAGACACACAUGGGCAAAAGAUCGGCAGGUCGUGUUAGCAAUGUCCAGUGAGCGGAGUAGUGGAAAAAAUGCUAAGAAGUGGAUAUCUAUCAGACCAUGCCCUUUAAGAAAACCAUUGCCAGUUCAGUUUGAGCUGUGUCAUCAUAUAGUGACUGGCAAAAAAUGCCAGUUUAUAGGAAAUUGUGCCUUUGCUCACAGCCAAGAGGAAAAAGAAAUAUGGACAUAUAUGAAGGAUUUAGGAAUUCAAGAUAUGGAUAAACUGUAUGAGACAUUGAAGAGUAAAAAGACUGAGGGAGGAAAAGAAAUGUCCAGUCAAGCCUAUAAACAAAUUCACUUACCCACUGACUAUGCAGAAACCACGGUUAAUUUCCAUUGCUGGCUUUGUGGGAAGAACUGCAAUAGUGAACGUCAGUGGAAAAUGCACAUCUCGUCAGAAAAACAUAAAGAGAGGGUAUUCCAUUCUGAGGAUGACCAGAAUAUCUGGCAACACCGCUUUCCUACUGGAUCUCUCAGUGUUUGUAAAAGGUUCUUAUCUGGCUCCUGCCCUGAUGGAGAAAAAUGCAGAUUUGCCCAUGGAAAUGCUGAACUGCAAGAGUGGGAAGAAAGAAGUAAAGUUCUAUGUCAAAAACUUGAGAAAGCACGCAAAGAUCAGCUCAUUAGUGCAGAUGAUAAUGACUUUGGAAAAUAUAGUUUUUUGAUUAAUGCUUUCAAUUAA